AGGGAAAUCUUGUUAUAUUGGCUAGACUAAUGAUCACGAACCAGUUCUAGCAACAACCGUAUCCAUUUCUUUAAGUCUAUUAAUUAUUGCUGCAAGAUAUAUACAGCUUAAAAGCCUGUGUUCAAUGUUUCCAUUCCAACAAAAUAGUGAUGAAUUUUGGCCCCAAAUCUUCUCUAAUCCCUACCAAGAAGAUAUUGGUAAAGAUUUUCACGAUCUCAUCUAUGGCCAAGAUUCACUUCAUGGAAUUAGCAACCAAACCAUCUCAGUGGAUGAAAUUCAGAAACAUAAAAUAUUAGCAACUUCAAAAGCUAAUGAUCAUAGUGGAAAAAUUAUUCGUGAUGAGAAGAAGAUUGCUCGGAAGGAAAUCGAACGGCAAAGGAGGCAACAUAUAUCCACUCUUCAUGCUUCACUUCGGAACCUACUCCCUCUUGAAUCAAUCAAGGGAAAGCGCUCAAUCUCUGAUCACAUGAAUGAGGCUGCGAAGUAUAUAAAGCAUCUAAGCAGUAACAUCCGAGAAUUAAGUGCCAAGAGAGAUAAAUUCAAGAAACUCUCCAACUCAAGUACUUUUGAACAAGGGACUGAAGUUCCAGGCCGUAAUUUGCUGGACUUUGUUAAGGUUCGCCCUUAUUUGGGUGGAGUGGAGAUUGUUGUGAGUGGAGGCUGUGGAGAGGAAGGGUUUCUUCUAUCAAGAGUGCUAGAAGCAUUGCUUGAAGAGGGAUUUGAUGCUGUUAGCUAUGUUUCUACACAAAAAGAUGAAAGGCAUUAUACCACUAUCCAGUGUCAGGCUACCAAUCGGAAUUGCAUUGAUUCAGAUGGGCUGCAAAGAAAACUAAAUGAUGUGAUCUCAUUGUCAAGAUAUGUUAAUUUCUGAGUGAUUGACACCAUUAAUUGCACUGCAUGCGUGUCUUGAAACGGCUCAUAUCUUUUUUAUUGUUUUGUUCCUUAAUGGCCUCAUAACCCUAGAUUUAAAUUUGUUGUGCUUACAUAUGUUGGCUUGCUGCAAGCCUGCAACUAUUUGGUUCAACUUUCUGCAGGUUUAAUUCUUAUGGGUACGAAGUGUGUAAUCUAUUGUUUCAAUUACAUGAACUCUUUGCAAAA